AUGCCAUUAAUACGUACAGUAUCUUGCGCACAGCAGAUCAAAUGUACAGUUCUAAACCAUAAGGGAGCAACCCGGCAGCAGGAAAAAUACAGAUUAAUUCAAGAAGAACGCCCAGAACCCGCCGGCGGUCGUGGCCGCGGCCAUGAGCCACACCACAAUGGCUACGACCGGUGGCAUUGCCGUGAGCAGCGUCGUGAGAGCCCACACGGCGGCCUUGAGCCUGCCCCUGCUUGUUCCUGCCCUGGCACGCUCCAACCUGACGAGGCAGAGGAAGAGCAGCAGGAGCGCGGCGUCCGCGAGCAGCACGAACGCGACGGACGCCGGGUCGUCGGCGCCCCUGGAGUUGUAGAUGGCGAGACCCGAGUUUAUGGCCAGAACGGUGCAGCCUAUGACCGUCAGGCCGGAAUACUGACGUUCCGUCGACGCGUUUGA